AUGAAAAGAAUCACGUACAAAGGUUCGGCAAGUGCUGCGUUACAUGGAAAACGAUUGUUGAACAGGGGAAUUCUAGGAAACUUCAGAGAUUGGCGGAUACAAAAAACACGCAAAGAAGGUCUUGCAGUGAUCAGAGACCUUGAGGGAACCGUGUCACGCUGGGCCGAGCACUUUAGUGAUUUGCUGAAUUGCAUCAACCAGGUGGACCCGACAUUUAUAGAAACUCUCCUGGAACUCUCGGUUGUUGCUGAGCUUCAUAGCCCUCCUCCUCUUGACGAGGCGAAAAGCAAAGUAUCACACGAUAAAAUUUUCGAAUUUCAAUACGCUGACGGCGCUGCUUUUCCUGCCAAUACCAUCUCCGCUCUCCAAAAUAGUCUUAAUGUUUUGUCGAGUGCUUGUAGUCGUGCAGGACUUGUUGUCAACAAUGCAAAAACCGAGAUACUCUCCAUCACUACAAAUCAAAACAAACCAGUUACAUUUAUAGUGGUUCAUGGAGACGCUCUCAAUGAUUCGCAGGAAUUAAUGCAUCUUGGUAGUAUGCUCUGUACUGACUGCUGUCUGGAUCGUGAAAUUGUGCAUCGCAUUAGGGUUGCGUCGGCUGCAUUUGGUAGACUGAGGAGUCGCGUCUUUUUAAACUACAAUCUUACCGUGAUGACAAAAAUUUUUGUGUACAAAGUGGUUUGUAUUUUUGCACUGCUUUAUCGUUUUGAGUUCUGGGCUCAUUGUCGUCGACACAUCAAAGCCCUGAGGCCUUCCAUGUUCGCUAUCAUCGCAGCAUUCUUGGAAUAA